AUGGCGAGGUGUCACCGGUCUUCAACUGGUAGCCAUUAUGAAGUGCAAGAAUCCGAAAUGCGGCAGGAGCGUAUUCGUCCUUGUAGAAUUAUUGUAAAUGAUGACCAUAGAGAAAGUUGCUCAAAGAGAUGUUUCCAAGUUGAAAUUGUCCGUCCAUUAUGCUGUUAUGCAGAUUGCCAUCAACUUCUGGUCAUCUUGGCGUCAAUGGCACUCCUCUAUUCAAUUGUCGCUUUGAUUUUCACCAUGAUUGUCAUUCUAGUGGCCACAUUUGUUGGGAAGAGCAUCCUUCUGAAAAUUGCAUUCAUGCUGACCGCCAUUCUAGCAAUUCUUGUAGCUGGAGGCGCAGUGUUUUGCAUUCUGUAUCUUGUUGCCAAUUUCAAUUUGCAUUACGAAUGGAAAUGGAAGUUUUAUUUGGUAACCAUGCUGAUGGCGCAAGUCCUCAUGAUCUUCUACGUGAUCACUCUUCUCUGCCUUAUCGUCGAAAUCAUAGCCCAUGACCGUCGCGUUCGAGAAGAUGAGAGACGCGCCCAAAAUAUACCGACAUGGAGAAGAUACUAA